AUGACGAGAUUACGACAAGCAGCCAUUGAAACGCAAUCCCCACCUGUGACAUGUGUUGGUCACUCGCGUCCUGUGGUUGACAUUCACUUUUCGGUGCUCAAUGACGAGGGGAAGUACUACAUGAUAUCCGCUUCAAAAGAUAACAAGGCCAUGAUACGUGAAGGCGACACGGGUGAUUGGAUCGGGACACUGGUUGGACAUCAAAACAUUGUAUGGAGCGCACGGCUAUCUCGCUAUGCCCAUCGAGCUGUCACGGGAUCGGCUGAUUGCUUUGUCAAAGUCUGGGACACAAACAAUGGUCAAGAACUUGCUUCUUUUGAGAAUGAAUACACAGUGCGUACCGUCAACUUCAGCCCUGAUGCUACACGCAUUGUCGCCGGUGGACAUGAGAAGAAGCUGAAGAUCUAUGAUUUAUAUCGACCUGAUGCACCAGCACUGGAAGGAAGGGCUUAUCAAGGAACGAUCCGAGCAACCGUAUGGCACCCUUCACAUCAAAGUAUACUCUUCAGUGGAUGCGAGGAUGGAAACAUUCGUGUUCAUGAUACUCGAAUCAUGCGAUCCCAUGUCACAUGCUUUGCUACCAGCGAUGCUGUAUCAUGCAUCAAUCUUACGGCUGAUGGUGAAACGGUCUACUGGGCAGCAAAACAUCAAGUAUACUUCUGGUCACUUGCUUUAGGUUUUUCCCAUGAUCCUACAAUGAUCACACGCCAUGAAAUGUCCAAGCCUGUGAAAUCGGUGUCAGUCCAUCCAAACGGGGAGAAGUUCGUAUAUGGAAGUGAAGAAGAUUCGGAUAUCCACAUUUGUGAUGCCAUGUCAGGAAAGGAGCAAGAGACACGCCAAGGUCACAAGGAUCGGAUUCACUCGGUCAGCUACAGCCCUGAUGGAGAGCUUUUUGCUACAGGAUCAGAGGAUUCCCAAAUACGUCUUUGGCAAACCAAUCCCACAAAAUCAUAUGGGUUGUGGCGGACGACAAGCACAUCAUGA